CAACGCAUAGAGAUACAAUUAGUGAUUUUGAAAAGUACUUUAAAAAUGCGUUCAAUAAAUGCGUUGUCUUAACCUCAAAGUUGGAAAGGAAUCGGUGAUACAAAUAUGAAAAAAGACCUAUUUCAAGAAUUUAAAGAUGUUGGACUACGUAAUCGAUCAUAAUAAUUGUUAUGUUUCUAGCAACAGCAUAAAAUUCCCCAAACAAUCAUAAAAGUCAUAUAUAGUUGCAUGAUUUCGCUAGAAUGUUAAUAAAAAUAUGAAACUGCUUUAAGCAAAGAAAUUGCAACUUGUAAACUAAAGAAGUACUCAUGUAAUCAUUCGACCUGAGAAGUAUAUACAUACUUAUUUUUGUUUGCUAAAGUUACAGAAGAUUGUAACAUGCAGAUGUACAUACAACCAUGUAGUAUAAACGUUGAUGCAUAUAAAUGUUUACAAUGCAAAAUCCUAUGAGGUACGCACCUAUGCAUCAGCUAAACGCAGUUUGGAGGAAAUACAGGAUCGAGUUCUAAAAGUAGUCUCUAGCUAUGAUAAAGUGACCGCUGAUAAGAACAAAUCUGUAUGGCAAUCACAAUCGGUGCGAAGCUAUUCUGCAAAGCCGCCACUUACUCUUAAAUUGAUCAACGAACGUGUGUUACUCGUAUUGAAACUCUAUGAUAAGAUUGAUCCUAGCAAGCUCAGCGUGGACUCGCAUUUCAUUAAUGAUCUUGGUCUUGACUCGUUGGACCAUGUUGAAGUAAUCAUGGCGAUGGAAGAUGAAUUUGGUUUUGAGAUUCCCGAUUCAGAUGCCGAAAAAUUGCUUAAGCCCGCCGACAUCAUAAAAUAUGUUGCCGACAAGGAAGACAUCUAUGAUUAAGCUAUUAAAUUUUAGUGCCUGUAAAGGAUAGUAAUACGAAGAAGUGAAAUGUAAUUGGAUUCAAAUUUACUUUUACUGUUAAACCAAAUAAAUUUAAAGAGAAAGUAAAUUAAAUCAA